ACCUAAAAAUGAAGAAUUACAAUAGAAGGUCAAAUAAAAGUACAAAAUAGACCAUUUUUAACGCUGGACAUUCAUUUAAUUUUUUGGAUUCACCACCAAGAUUUUGGAUCCGAAAUAUAUCUAAAAUAGAGUGGAAAAAAGAGAUGAUGAGGGAGAUGGUGUUUCCUGUACUACCUCAAGUAAGGAGAUUUUCAUAGUACCAAUGAGAGGGAGACUCCUAUACUACCAUUCAUAUGGAGCAUUAGUCCGGAAAAUCAGCGUCAUCAUAGUAUUUUUUCAAUUAUUUGAAAUCAAUUAAUUAGAGGGAAAAAUAAUCCUUUUAAAAUUAACCACCCAUAUGCAAAAUUAGUGAGAAGGGUUUCCAAACCUCAAUAUGAAAAAUGGAAAAGGGCAAGAUAGGAGAGAGAGAGCUAUAGGGCCUCAUUAGAAAAAAUCCAAUACUACCAAUUCAAAUGGAGCAUUAGAGGGAGAAAUUGAUUUUCCAAAAGUACCCAACCGCAUGAAAAGUCAGAGAGAUGGUUUUCCAAAACUCGCCCAUUUAAAUCGGAAAGUUAGAGAGAGAAAGAGAGAGAUUCCUAUACUGCCCAAACUAAAACUAAGUUGGAAAAAAAUGACAGUGCUUGUUUUCCUAGAGAGGGAGUGAGUGAGUGGGACAGUUUCCAUCUUUGAGAUGACAACCCCCCCAACCAAGACCCAGCUGUAGCCUCAACCCCCGCCAGUUCACCCCUCCUCCAAUUACCACGCCCCAGUCAAAACCCCUUUUAUAGGGCCUCCUCUUCCUCCAUCCCUUUCUCUCUCUAUCUCUACACCAAAGAAGCCACCUCUUUCUCUCUCUCCUAUGUUAUAACCCCUCCCCUUCCUCACCCCGUUCCUUGCUGCUUCUCUCUCUAUCUCGAACCUAGCAGCCAUCCUCUCCCUCUCCCUCUCCCUCUCUCUCAUGGCUCCACAGAGGCCAGCCCCCAGGGCGCCUGACCCCAGGGCCCCUGACCCCUCUCUCCACCUCCUCGAACUCAACAUCAUCUCGGCCCAAGAUAUCCACCCCGCAACCCAAGCAAUGCAUCCUUAUGCAGUCGCAUGGGUGCAUCGUGACCACAAACUCUCAACGCGCACUGACCCUCAAGGCCACACCGAACCCACAUGGAACGAUAAAUUCAUCUUUCGUGUCACCGAAACCUUCCUACGCUCUGACACUGCAGCAGUCACCAUCCAAAUUUUUACACACCGCCCGUGCUGCGUAUUCCCUGACCCCCUCAUAGGCACCGUACGUGUAUUGGUUGGUAAUCUCCUCAGCGCACAGAGUCAUGCUCCAGGCUACAGUGGAAUGCGGUUCACUGCACUCCAGGUCAGGCGCCCCAGCGGUCGCCCCCAAGGCAUAUUGAACCUCGGAAUCACCCUCCUCGACCCAGCUCUGCGCUCCAUGCCCCUUUAUGUGCAAGCCACCUCAGCUUUGGGGUACCAAGAUCUCAUGGGCCAGACAAGAAUACUUCGACGGAGUAAAAGCGCCUAUCCUUCGGAGCCAGCUUCGUCGACUAUAUGGACCAAUUCACCUGGCCCAUCAGAACUCAGUGUUGGCGAGCCUAAUAAGCUCAAGCCUCAAUCCAAUCCAUCAAGCCCACCAAUCAAGCCCAUGACAACACCAAGGACUGAGCUCACACCUAUUGGUGAGGAGUUUUAUCCUGCCGAAGUUGGGAGCUCAGUGCUCGAGGAUUGGAGCGUAGCAAGCAGCGGUGGGAAAGAAGAACUAAAGUUAAAGCUCGAGAGGUGGCGAAUGGAGCUACCCCCUAUAUAUGACCCUCCGGGUUUUGCAUCAAUAGGGAGGAACCCAACGAGGAGGGACAAUGGACGUGGGGGCCCCUUAGGGUGCUUUAAAGGGAUGGAUGACGACCUUCAGGCAGGGUGUGAAUGCUCAAUCUUUUGCGGGUUGAACCCAAGGAAGAAGAAUGUCACCUCAAAGAUCCACUUGAGCCCGUCGGAUGUCAACAUGACCAGGUCAAUGAGGAUUUAGACAGCGGUAUCCAUGUCAGGCCUGGUCUAUUAAUCUCGGGCAUCUGAUUCCUUUUUCCCACUCUUUUUUUUGUUCUCUUUAUUUUAUUUGAAAAUGAGAAUUUUUGAAAAAAACAAGAAAUUCCCAAGAAAAGGAGAAAUAGAGAAAGAAUUGGUAUUCCAAUGUGAUGCAAUCCACAAUUGGGAAUCAUUGAGGAGGUGGAUGGAGUCAUGGUCAUCAUGAGAAGUGGAUGCAUAUGCUCAUUUUAUACUGAGAUCGGGGAUUGUCAUCAAGAACGUGGUCAUGAUCAUGGUGCACGCCUACAUGGGCAUAGUCAUGGCCGUGGUCAAGGUCAAGAAGGUGGUCAGUCAUCAUUUGUCAUGGUUGUGGUCAUGGUUGUGAUCAUGGUCAUGGUGUAACAGUCAUGAUCAUGGCUGUGUUCCUGGCCGUGAACUUUUGCAGUUCUUGAAGGCUGCAUUAUCAACUAAAUGUGCAUUCAGUUUAUGGGGUCAGACCUUAUGCUCUAGUGAUGUGUUAAGUGUAAGGGAAAAUGGAGGUGAUGCCUUUGAUCAUGGGGGUACAUGGGGCUGGCUUGUAAUUCUCUUUUUUCUCAAUUUAUGUUCCUGUUUCUCUUCUAAUAUGAGGGAUAUUCAAACAAG